UUUAAGCUGUACCAUGUUGCCAGGAAAUGGGCGCCGGAAGGGUCUCAAACAAGAUCCUGCUUUCUUAGGCUGAUAACCGCGGGCACCUGUGAAGGGAGGGCCGGUGGGAAGAGCGGCGUCCCUCUGAACCAUGUUUGUGAACUGUGCGUCCGUCUGAAUAGGCCCAGCUUCUUGAGGCCGCCUUAGGAACCUGUGCGAAGAGGGUGGGCUGCGACGGCCGGAAACUACAUUUCCCAGCAUCCUCGCGGGGCCAGAACUACCUUGCCCGAGAGCCUGAGCGUGAGCCAGUCAGUGUUUUGCUCCUCCCGCCGGCCGGAAUACUGCGGACAUGUGGAGUCGCUGUGCUUGGAGACUCCUACUUUAUGAAGGCAGUGGGGGCCGCCGAGUGUCAGCCCCCCGCGGGCGUUCCUCGCCGGCACUGCGAAGAGACUUCUUGACUACCACAGCCAAGGAAGGAUAUGAUAUGAGGCCAGUGGACAUAAUUCCUUUAGAACAAAGGAAGUUAACUUUUGAUACCCAUGCCUUGGUUCAAGACUUGGAAACUCACGGAUUUGACAAAACACAAGCUGAAACGAUUGUCUCAGCAUUAACCACUUUAUCCAAUUUAAGCCUGGAUACUAUCUAUAAGGAGAUGGUCACUCAAGCUCAGCAGGAAAUAACAGUACAACAAUUAUUGGCUCAUUUGGACGCCAUCAGGAAAGACAUGGUUAUCCUGGAGAAAAGUGAAUUUGCAAAUCUGAGAGCAGAGAACCAGAAAAUGAAAAUUGAAUUGGAACAAGUUAAGCAACAACUGAUAAACGAAACCAGUCGAAUCAGAGCAGAUAAUAAACUGGACAUCAACCUAGAAAGGAGCAGAGUAACAGACAUGUUUACAGAUCAAGAAAAGAAACUGAUGGAAGCAACCACAGAAUUUACCCAUAGAGAUACCAAAACCAAAAGUGUUAUUUCAGAGACCUGUAAUAAAAUUGAUACUGAAAUUGCUUCUUUAAAAACAUUGAUGGAAUCUAACAAACUUGAGACAAUUCGUUAUCUUGCAGCCUCUGUGUUUACCUGCCUGGCAAUAGCAUUGGGGUUUUAUAGAGUCUGGAAAUAGCAGUGAAACUCCCACAUUAAACUCCUGCUGUUGCCACUGUUGACUUCUUAGAACACUACGCCAGGAAAGGUUUACUUUUUUGAACAACUGAAAGUUGAAGCAGAAUCUUAUUCAAAGUACAUAUGGGCUACCAAGGAAUGUUCAAGAAUGGGAAGGUGUAUUUUGUCUUUGUUUUGUAUUUGUAUCUUUAUUAUGUUGAAAACUGCCAGAUCAAACCCUGAAUAACUUGAGAAGAAAGGACUUUUGACAUAUUCUUUUGAUGGGUCUAAGAAGCCAGCUAGAUUCUUAUGUUUGCUUGAACCGUGUAAAUCCUAGGAAUUUACUUGGUAUCCUUUGCAAAUUUGAAACUAUUCUCAAGCCAACAUACUUUACUGUAUUGAACUUUGCUGGUAACUAUUAUCUUUUCAUAUAAAAUAAAAUGCUAAUAUAACAAAGUUUGUU